GUUCAUCAUCAAUGCAGCCCAGCAAAGAGUUUGUCUCUGCCGCGACGCUGCUCGGCAAGCGCACUCACGAGCAAGUCGAAGAGACAGACAAGGCCAUUGACGCUGCUGCUGCUGCUGCUGCUGCUGCUCAGGAGCACGAAAACGGAGCUGCCAGUUCUGAAACAGCCGCGAUGGACUGCGAGCCAACCAGCGCAUCCCGCCACCACGACGACGACGCCGACGACGACGAGCACCCCGAGGAUGAAGCCGAGCUCAGUGAAGAGACUGCUGCUGCUGCUGCUGCUGCCGUGGCGGCGACGACGAGCGAGCAGGAAGAAGCAGAAUCGUCGAGUGCAAAAAGCGCGGGAAAAAUCCGAAACAACAUGAACGCAAAGUUGCAUGCACAGAACACACGGUCGCUGCCCUCGUCGCGCAAGCCGCCGCUGUCCAAGCUGUCCAAGACGCGCGACGACAUUGCCAAAGCGCGUCUGCUGCUGGCGAACAGUCACAGCGGAGAAGCGACGCAGUUUGACCCUUCUGCCCUGGCGGUCGACGGCGACGUGGUCUGGGACGGCGAGUCGGAUCCCUCGGCCCACGACGAUCAAGAGCAAGAGGAAGAUCAAGAGCAAGUGCAGGAUCAAGGGCAAGAAGGAGCCGCACCAGGCAAAACGGGAGCGCAGGACGACUACAAUGAAGCCGAACAAAAGGACAAUGAAGACGAAGAAGACCUCUCCCUCGAUGAGGACGCGAUACGCGCUGGCUUGAGUGCGUUGACGGACGAGUCGACCACCACAGAGCUCGUUGCACAAGCAAUUGCAAAGCGGUGUAGUGAAGCUGUCGCGCGGUUGCCCUUUCAGACUGCUGCGCUCCAUUUUUCUGCGUCCGACCUGCGUGAGCAUGUUCGAGUGCAUGCCAUGCAGUUCCUGUCGCUCAACGAGGUCGAGACCGAGCUGAUUCGCCUCGCACAGGUCGGCAAGCUUGGGUUGCUACCGAUCGACACGGAAGGCGCGACUGGAACGACUUGCGUGAGAAUUUUCUGGCCGCUCGAUCCAAACGCCUGGAUCAAGCAACUGCCCUCCACUCCGUCCAGCUCACAGCCGCUUGGCAUGGUUCUGGCUCCGCCAACGCUUGCUCGGAAAACAAGCAAACCAUUUGGAUUGAGUGCAGAGCAGAUUGCAGGUGCGAAACAGCGCAAGGAGCACAUCAAGCAAAGCUCUUCGCAAGAGCAUGUCGUCGUACCAGCGCCAGCGGCCAAGCCAGUUCAUGAACCUGCGCAACAAAUUCUGGAGCUUCCAAGUGACGACGCUCCCGUCGAGGCGUGGACCAAAGCCCAGGCUGAAAUUGUCGCGCGCUUGGCAACAAAGCAAGAGCUGUUGCGAAAACUGCGGCUGGUCAAGCACUAUCGUGAAACGAACAACCUCGACGAACUCCAGACGCUCAUCGACAAGUGGCUCGAGAAGACGCAAACUGCCCUGAUCGAAAUGCAAAAGGAAAUGCCGGCGUCGGAAUCGCUCGGAUCACUCAUCCAACAGCUGCAGUUGCCCGCUGCCGUGGUCGGCUAUGAUGUGGAUGACGAGGAUUUUGUGCAGAAAUGAGCAGUUUGGUUGUUGUGGACUUUGCGAAUGCAUGUAGAAAAUCAGAAAAUCAAUCGCUUCCAAG